GAGAGAGCAUAUUUUUCUUUUCAUUUUCCCUAUUAAUAUAUAUUUCCCUUUAAAGCGAAGAAGAAGAAGCAGCAGCAGCAGUGUCACUCUCCUUGCUAUCUUUUACCCCCUCAUCUCUCCUCUCUAGCCGUCCAGGAGCAAGAAAAGAGAAGGAAAAGAGAAAAGAAAGGAGGCCACUAUCCCUUCCCCCCCAACCCUCUCUCACCCAAACUCUCUCCCUCCUCCUACUUUUGCUAUACUUUAUCAAGAGCAAAGUUUAAAAACAAAUUCUCAGUACCGUCUUCUUAUUUCCCAUUCCGAGUACUACCUACUAAAAAAUUCUUCAAGACAUGGCGUCGGGCAGCCGCGACGCGGCGAACGCGCCCCGCUCGCAGUCGUCCGGCGGCAGCAACGUCCGCGGCGCGAACGCGGCGGCGGAGUACACGGUGAGCAAGGCGAUCGCACAGUACACGGUGGACGCGCGGCUGCACGCGGUGUUCGAGCAGUCGGGCGAGCGCGGGAGCUCCUUCGACUACUCGCAGUCCGUCCUCCGCACGCCGCAGCCAGCCUCGUCGAAUUCCGCGGCGGCGGCCGAGCGGCAGAUCACGGCCUACCUCUCGCGGAUCCAGCGCGGCGGCCACAUCCAGCCCUUCGGCUGCACCCUCGCCGUCGACGACUCCUCCUUCCGCGUGCUCGCCUUCUCCGAGAACGCCCCCGAGCUCCUCGACCUCCUCCCCCCGCACUCCCUCGUCCCCUCCCUGCCCGACGCCGACGACGACGCCCGCGGCGGCCUCCGCCUCGGCUGCGACGCGCGCUCCCUCUUCGCCCCCGCCUCCGCCGCCCUGCUCGAGCGCGCCGCCGCCGCGCGCGAGAUCAGCCUCCUCAACCCGCUCUGGGUGCACUCCCGCGCGGCGUCGGCGAAGCCCUUCUACGCCAUCCUCCACCGCGUGGACGUCGGCAUCGUGGUGGACCUCGAGCCCGCCCCGCGCUCGGACGACCCCACCCUCUCCGUCGCCGGCGCCGUGCAGUCGCAGAAGCUGGCCGUGCGCGCCAUCUCGCGCCUGCAGGCCCUCCCGGGCGGGGACGUGCGGCUGCUCUGCGACACCGUCGUCCAGCACGUGCGCGAGCUGACGGGGUACGACCGCGUGAUGGUGUACAGGUUCCACGAGGACGAGCACGGCGAGGUGGUGGCCGAGAGCCGGCGCGCCGACCUGGAGCCCUACAUCGGCCUCCACUACCCGGCCACCGACAUCCCGCAGGCGUCCCGCUUCCUCUUCCGGCAGAACCGGGUGCGCAUGAUCGCCGACUGCCACGCGCCCCCCGUGCGCGUGCUGCAGGACCCCGCCCUCCCCCAGCCGCUCUGCCUCGUCGGCUCCACCCUGCGCGCCCCGCACGGCUGCCACGCCCAGUACAUGGCCAGCAUGGGCUCCACCGCCUCCCUCGCCAUGGCCGUCAUCAUCAACGCCAGCCCCGGCACCACCGACGUCGACGACAAGGCCUCGAGCUCCUCCUCGGCCAUGAAGCUGUGGGGGCUGGUGGUCUGCCACCACACCUCCCCGCGCUGCAUCCCCUUCCCGCUCCGCUACGCCUGCGAGUUCCUGAUGCAGGCCUUCGGGCUGCAGCUGAACAUGGAGCUGCAGCUGGGGCUCCAGCUGUCGGAGAAGCGCAUCCUGCGCACCCAGACGCUGCUCUGCGACAUGCUCCUCCGCGACUCCCCCACGGGGAUCGUCACGCAGAGCCCCAGCAUCAUGGACCUCGUCAAGUGCGACGGCGCCGCCCUCUUCUACCGCGGCCGCUACUACCCGCUCGGCGUCACCCCCACCGAGCCCCAGAUCCGGGACCUCAUCGGCUGGCUCGCCGCCUCCCACGGCGACUCCACCGGCCUCAGCACCGACAGCCUCGCCGACGCCGGCUACCCCAACGCCGCCGCCCUCGGCGACGCCGUCUGCGGCAUGGCCGUCGCCUACAUCACCCCCGACGACUACCUCUUCUGGUUCCGCUCCCACACCGCCAAGGAGAUCAAGUGGGGCGGCGCCAAGCACCACCCCAACGACAAGGACGACGGCCAGCGCAUGCACCCCCGCUCCUCCUUCAAGGCCUUCCUCGAGGUCGUCAAGAGCCGCAGCCUGCCCUGGGAGAACGCCGAGAUGGACGCCAUCCACUCCCUGCAGCUCAUCCUGCGCGACUCCUUCAGGGACGCCGCCGCCGCCGCCGCCGCCGCCGAGGGCACGACCGCCGUAGCAGGCAGCAGCGGCGGCGGCGGCAGCUCCAAGGCCGUCGUGAACGGGCAGCUCGGCGACCUGGAGCUGCAGGGGAUAGAGGAGCUCAGCUCCGUCGCGAGGGAGAUGGUCAGGCUGAUCGAGACGGCCACCGCCCCCAUUUUCGCGGUCGACUCGAACGGCCAGAUCAACGGCUGGAACACGAAGGUCGCCGAGCUGACGGGUCUGUCGGUCGAGGAAGCUAUGGGCAAGUCGCUGGUUCACGAUCUCGUCUUUAAGGAGUCGGUGGAAGUCACAGAUAAGCUUCUCUACCGAGCUCUACAAGGUGAAGAAGAUAAAAAUGUCGAAAUAAAGCUGAAAACAUUUGGCUCUCAGCAAUCCAAGAAUGCUAUAUUCGUCGUAGUCAACGCGUGCUCUAGCAGGGAUUACACAAAUAACAUCGUAGGAGUAUGUUUUGUCGGUCAGGAUGUUACCGGCCAAAAAGUGGUGAUGGAUAAGUUCGUUCAUAUCCAAGGUGAUUACAAGGCCAUAGUGCACAGUCCUAACCCUCUGAUACCCCCUAUAUUCGCUUCGGAUGAGAACACCUGCUGCUCAGAAUGGAACAUGGCUAUGGAAAAGCUUACUGGUUGGCCAAGUGGGGAGGUUAUUGGGAAGCUCUUGGUAGGGGAGAUCUUCGGGAGUUGCUGUAGACUCAAGGGUCCAGAUGCGCUCACCAAGUUCAUGAUAGUCCUUCAUAAUGCUAUAGGAGGACGAGAGACCGAUAAGUUCCCUUUCGCAUUUUUCGACAAGAAUGGAAAGUACGUGCAAGCUCUAUUGACCGCAAACACGAGAAGUAAAAUGGAUGGUGAGACAAUUGGAGCGUUUUGCUUCUUGCAGAUUGCAAGUCCUGAGCUGCAGCAAGCUCUUGAAAUUCAGAGGCAGCAGGAAAAGAAGUGCUAUGCCAGAAUGAAGGAAUUGGCUUAUAUCUGUCAAGAGAUCAAAAACCCAUUAAGUGGGAUUCGGUUUACGAACUCCUUGCUGGAGAUGACGGACUUAAAUGAUGAUCAGAAGCAGUUUCUUGAAACAAGCGCUUCUUGUGAGAAGCAGAUGUUGAAGAUAAUAAAGGACGCCAAUCUGCACAGCAUUGAUGAUGGCUCCCUGGUGCUUGACAAAAGUGUAUUUCCUGUUGGGAGUGUCAUUAAUGCUGUUGUGAGCCAAGUCAUGAUUUUGCUGAGAGAAAGAGGCUUACAAUUGAUUCGUGAUAUUCCUGAAGAAAUUAAAGAAAUUUCUGUCUACGGCGAUCAAUUUAGAAUUCAACAAGUUCUAGCUGAUUUUUUGCUGAACAUGGUGCGGUGUGCACCCUCCGAAAAUGGUUGGGUAGAGAUCCAAGUGAGGCCGAAUUUGAAACAGAAUCCUGAUGGAACAGAAACAGUGCUCCUCCUCUUCAGAUUUGCUUGCCCUGGCGAGGGCCUUGCUCCCGAACUCGUCCAAGACAUGUUCCAUAAUUCGCGGUGGGCGACCGAAGAAGGUCUCGGGCUAAGCAUUUGCCGGAAAAUCCUCAAGCUAAUGGGUGGCGACGUCCAAUACAUUCGGGAGUCAGAGAGGUGUUUCUUCCUCAUCGCCUUAGAACUUCCCACUUCUCAGAAAAGUGGAAGCAGAGACGAUUAACACAUUCAACCACUUACUGAACUAACAACGCGAUGCUACUAUAUUAUAAGUUGGUCGAAAGCUGCACCCCGUAAGGCCGCAGCGGGAUGUACAAGCCCCCAGAAACCGUAGUUGAAGCUGCUUUAGAAGCUCGAGUUUUGCUGGUUAUGCGGCGAAAUGGCUUUUCUCUCUCCAACUAUCGCUUUCUGCGGGUUGCUUGGCGGUUGUUUGUAAGAAUUGAGUUAGGUGUAUCGCUGUAUUAGUAAUUUUCCGGAGUUUCAUGAGAGUUGCGUCUACGAUGGUUGUUUCAUCUCACUAAGGACCAUUUUCUUCGUACAUUUUUCGAAUUCCUGAUGUCUGCAUGGUGGCUUUAAAGCUUCCAAGCAGGGUUCUCCAUAGGGGCUAAUGUAUGUAUAUUAUUGGUCUUUGUGUUUGCAUUGUAUCUUAGGGGCUGUUUGGUUCCAAAUAAAACUCUGAAAAAAAAAUUUUGUGAAAGAAAAAAAUCAGAGGAAAGUAA